AUUUGCUCUAUCAAUGAAGACGUGUCGUAAUUAUUCACGCAAUACUGCCUGAGGAUAUUAAAAUAUCCAUACAAAUGCCGCCUGGUAUUGCUGAAGACACCAAUGAGAAGUUCCUGUUUGCCUCAGCGGACGUCGACAGUAAUGAUGAUUAUUUUCAAAUGAAAUAUCCUCAAAUUGCACGCAUGUAGAAGAAUAAAAUUGCUGGAAGCGAAUUUAUUCGUUAGCGAUGAGCGUACCUACUUUCAUCGAAAAUAAUAACAUAAAAGCGUGGUGUGCAAGUAGUGCAUCCUCAGUAGAGAACAGCCAACAUGAAAAGUUAUUUGCAUAUCUAUCAGGUACUCCUCUUCUUAUACAUCCCUGAUGCAAUUACAGCACUCUUUGGGGAAAGGAUCCCAAGAGAAGGUCUCGUAAUCCAUGUAGAAGAUGCCGACAACCACGGUCUCACCUAUCCACCACGGUCCCAUGUCACGUUCAAAUUCCACCACCCAAGUCCCAUUAUCGAGGAUAAUUUCUAUUACGAUCUAUCGAAGGUAAACAAAAAACGCCCAAAGUACGGUAAAUUGAAGACAACUCCGCCAGACGACGCCUACCAGGAAGUGGACCUCCACGGCAUACUCGGACUGGGUCAGUUGUUCCGACAGGUUUCUCUACCUCAGGUUCAAAAUUAUGGAAGUGCACACGCAGAAGAUGUAAAACCGGUUACCGAAGUCAUCGAAGACGACAUCAAGUACGAUUUCAGAACCAAAACUCACUCGAUUAGGUGUCAAAUAUUGGAAGAAGGACAUAAAGGAGUCAUGAGUAAAAGAGUAAGGAAAGCACUGAAGUGAGGUCCGCUCUAGUGCCGGUGCUGCUUCGAUCAUUGACUCAAGGGCGGUGGGGUCAGGUAGCGACGAUCUUCACGUUCUCGGCAGAAAAUAUACAAAAUUUUAACCAUGGUAGUAACAGAGACGAUUCUUUUUGGGGUGUGCUUUGAUUAUUUUCCGAAGAAGCAAUAAUAAUUGGAGAUAUCUAGGUACUAUUUUUUCAUGGAAUGUCAUUUUGCAGAUAAAUUGACUGAUUGUUUAUUAUAAUGAUUGGACUUCGGGAAACAUAUGAAAACAAAUAAAAUACAAAAAAUUUCCAUAAAAAAAAAUGUGUCAGCCAAAAGUUUAAUCUGAAAUAUUCAACAUACGAGGGAGAAUUCAGGUUUGAAGUCGAAGUAGUAACUAAGAACACACUAUACACUUUUACUUAGAGGGAACACCACAACGUGACAUUCUCGUGAUCUGUCAAAAUUUGCCCAGAGGAAGGACAAAAAUAAUGUACGAUAUUGACAGACAGAUUGAAUGAUCAGUAAAAGUUACCAUUUAGGAAUACUUGUUACAAUAGUUUGAACUUUCGUCGAG